AUGGGCCUGCUCACAACCGCAGACAAAGACAAAAUCAAGCGUGUCAUUCCAAAGCCUUCAAAUAAAAUUGUCACUGUCGCUGUAGCUAGACUGUAUAUCGCCUACCCAGACCCUCAAACAUGGACUUACACCGGACUGUCAGGCGCGCUGGCACUCGUCAAUGACCUAGUUGGUAGCACUUUUUUCUUCAAGUUGGUUGACCUUGGAUCAUCUCGUGGUGUUCUAUGGGACCAGGAACUUUACGUUGAUUUCCAAUAUCAUCAGGACCGUUCUUUUUUCCAUUCUUUUGAACUUGAAGAGUGUUAUGCAGGCUUUUUGUUUGCCGAUGAGAGCGAGGCUGCUACCUUUUUCAAAAAAGUCCAACAUAAGGAAAAGCACGCGAGCAAAGCUACCCUCAACAAUAAAAAUGCACUGGCUGCCACCAAAAGACCAAAGGAACAACUAGGCCCCGCUGCUGGAACUGGUCUACGUGGAGAUACUUCGGGAAAUCGCCAGCGUAUCCAUCUUAAUAAAGGUGUCGAGUACUAUGAUGAUGAACCUCCAGAGGAAUGGCGCGCAUUAUACUCGGAACUCGCAGCUGCUGGCAUUACAGAGGAAAUGAUUGCAGAUAAUAGAGAGUUUAUCAAAAACUACAUUCGCCAACAAGGUGGGCCCCUAGUCGGUCUCGAGCCACCCAUCCCUCGCAAGACUAAGGAAAGAACAUACCCGGCAGCAAAUACCUACGAAGAUUAUGAGUCUUCAGUCCCCUCGUCUCCAGCUGAACCUACAUCGUCAUUCCGUAGAACUCGUGCUCCUCCCCCUCCACCACCAUCAGGUGCUCCUGCUCCUUCUUCUGCUCCUGCUCCUGCUGUUUCUGCUUCUUCAAUUGCAGAAUCCGACUCGGACGAAACUCGCUCAAGUACUCCAGAAACCUCCAUUAGACCCCCAACUUCAGGUCAUAAGGUCCCACCCCCAAUGCCAUAUAUUGGGACCCACGUCCCUACCGUUGCUUCCCCCCAGACUCCUACCCCACCUCCAGCUGCUCCCUCCAUGCCUACCUCGCCAAUUGCAUCUCCACCUCCUUCUCUUCCGUCUAGAACAUCAAAUGGCCCGCCUCUCCCGCCAUUCCCUCCCCAGCAUCCGGGUCUGGCUCCAGGACUCGCCGCAACUGAUAGACCAUUGCCUGCUCCACCAUCUCUCCCCCCACGUAUGCCCUUGGCUCCUGGCCAGGAUUAUACCCCACGGUUUGGAUCCCCUGCCCAGUCUCCAUAUGCCCAGCAACCUCCUCCUAAUCUUCCCCAGAGAGCAGUGGCCGGUACCGGUACUAGUGGUGCCGGUGCUGUCCCACCGCCUCCACCACCACCGCGUGCCGGAGGAUCCACUGCUGCCCCGCCUCCACCACCUCCUCCACGCGCAGGCUCCACGGCUGUCCCGCCUCCUCCUCCUUCCCGUGCACCAAUUGCCGUUCCAGCUUAUCCCACAUCCCCUCCACCACCACCUCGCGCUCCUCAACAGUAUACCCCUCCGGUCAGUGCUCCUCAGCAAUACACCCCUCCAGUCACUGCUCCUGUAGCCCCACCUCUUCCACCACCCUUACCUCAGACUGCAGCUCCAGCUAUUCCUGUUGCACCUGCUGCGCCUGCUGCACCCGCCGCUGCGGCUCCUGCACCGCCGCCGCCACCUCCAUUGCCAUCAUUCUCGGCCCCCUCUGCUGCACCCCCGGCUCCACCGCUCCCAUCUUCAGGCCCUACAUCUGCACCACCACCACCACCACCACCUUUGCCAGCCAGCACGCAAUCGUCAUUUGGUGCUCCUCCAGCGCCUCCACCACCUCCACCAGGAGGAAUGCCUGCUGCUGCACCUCUACCAGCCGUCUCAGGAGAUCGCGAUGCUCUUCUUGCAUCGAUCCGUGGCGCCGGCAUUGGCAGUCUACGAAAAGUCGACAAAUCUGCACUUGACAAGCCGUCAGUUCUGCUCAUGGAAGCCAAGGGCCAAGCACCUCCCCCAACCUCGUCAGCGGCUCCAGGUGGUCAACCCGCUUCUCUUGCUGAUGCUCUUGCCCAAGCCCUCAACAAGCGCAAAAACAAGGUUGGUGGAAGUGACGACGAGGAAAGUGAUGAUGGAUGGUAA